AUGGCUGAAGAAAUCAAUAUCGAUACUGCUAGUUUAGAGCAGUUAAGAGAUGUUUUAACAAACAAGUCUGGUGACGUCAAGUUGGCCAACAGGUUCAGAGCCUUAUUUAACUUGAAAUGUGUUGGAGCCGAGUCAGAAAAUCAGGAAGAUGUACACAAGGCUAUCGAUUACAUAGCUGAAUCGUUUAAGGACGAUUCUGAGUUGUUAAAGCACGAGGUUGCGUAUGUUUUAGGUCAAACUAAGAAUUUGCACGCAGCCCAAUACUUGAGAAAUGUGUUGGAAAACGAUAAGCAACAAAUUAUGGUCAGACACGAAGCAGCUGAGGCCUUAGGUGCUUUAGGUGACAAGGAUUCCUUGGCAUUAUUAGAAGACUAUUUCAAGAAUGAUCCAUCCAUAGAAAUUAAGCAAACAUGUGAAUUGGCUAUUGAAAGAAUUAGGUGGGAAAACUCAGAAAAGGCCAAGGCAGAAAACUUGGAAACCUCUUUGUAUACUUCUAUUGAUCCUGCACCACCUAUGCCUUCUGAUCAAGAAUCGAAAAUUGAAAAGUUACAAAAGAUUUUGAAUGAUCAAGAUGCGCCAUUAUUUGAGAGAUACAGAGCCAUGUUCAGAUUGAGAGACUUGGGUACUGAUGAGGCCUGUCUUGCCUUAGCUUCGGGUCUUGUUGACGAUCCAUCUGCAUUGUUUAAGCACGAAAUAGCUUAUGUUUUUGGUCAAUUAUGUAAUCCCGUUACUGUUCCAGCUUUGAUUAAAACAUUGAAAGAUGAAAGAGAAGCUGCUAUGGUUAGACACGAAGCUGCUGAAGCUUUAGGGUCCAUUGCUACUGAUGAAUGUUUACCUGUUUUACAAUCAUUCUUGAAUGAUAAGGAUCAAGUGGUUAGAGAUUCGGCUAUAGUUGCUUUGGAUAUGUAUGAAUAUGAAAACUCUAUCGAAAUUUAA